UUUGAAAUGUCUAGGGUGAAAUUUAAAUUUGAUGUUAACUGUGGAGUUAUCAUCAUAACGCACAUUCGCUUGCACGGCCCCUGUUUACUCCUGCAUAUGCUGACCACCAUCAGUAAUAAUUCAUCACUUGCACUCCAAUAUAAGCACCUCUAUGAAGGAAUUAUUUUAUAAAUGAGAUAAGCGAAUAAAUAUUAAAUGGGGGGGGGGUCAGCGAUUUUUGCUGCAUAUUGUACUCCGUUAUGAACUUACUGAAGGAGAAUGACUGUUGAAAUUUUAAGGUACAUCCAUUCCAUGCUGAAAAAUAGUUUCAGACAGCCAGCCAAGUUAGUAAUCCCCAGAUGUCAAUCACAUAUCUAAUCUAUAAAGGGGAUUAUAAAUACAAUGACAAAAUUCCAAUGUGUUGCAUAAACUGUAUGUAAUUAAGCUUAACGCAAUCAGUUGAGUGUCUAGCCCGAACAGAAGAGAAACAUAUUUAUAGUUUAAAAAACUAGAAUAAGUUCAUGGAGUAAGAUGAUGGAAUUCUUAAAAUUGUUUAUUAUUUUACUCUUGUUUUUUGACCAAAAGCUUUACGCUGCGGAGUUUGAAUAUGAAAAUUGCCUAGAAAACAAUCCUAUGGUGGAUGAAGAAUUUGACUUUAUUGUGGUUGGUGCGGGCGCAACUGGGUCUGUGGUUGCUAAUCGGCUUUCAGAAAGUGGUACCUAUUCAGUUCUUUUGCUUGAAGCUGGAGGUCCACCCCACUGGUCCACUGAAAUUCCUCGUCGAGCGGAAGAAACUUGUGACCAGUCGCAAUGGGAUUGGAAUUUCUUGUCAACACCUCAAACUAAGGCUGGAUUCGGUUUUCCAAAUAAUAGGAUAAAACUUUACCGAGGGAAGAUGCUUGGGGGCAGUAGUAGUCAUAAUGGAAUGUAUUACAUCCGAGGAAACGCCAAGGAUUUUAACAAGUGGGCAUUACUUGUUGAAGAUGACCGGUAGAAUUUUACAAACGUCCUGCCGUAUCUCAAGAAAAUUGAGACGUAUUACGGUAACUACGACACAAGCUCAGAAUACCGAGGUGAUAGUGGCCCACUGCAAAUCACUGACCAAAACUUCCCCCCACUAAACGACGAGUGGUUAGACGCCGGGGCACAAUUCGGGUAUCCAAUUAACCUGGAUCAAAAUGCGGACCAACUAUCUUCAUUUUUCCCAAGUCAAGUAAAUAUUGACCAGCGUGGUCGUCGCAGCUCAGCAUACGAAGGCUAUAUCGUGCCGGCGCGCGAUCGACCCAAUUUGAAAAUUUUGUGUAACGCGUAUGUCACCAAGUUAAACUUUGCCGACGGGAACGAGGCUGUGAUUGAGGGCGUCACAUUCACCCGACAUUGGGCCGAGGUGACCAUUAAAGCAAGAAAGGAAGUUAUUCUGAGUGCCGGUGCUUAUCAAACUCCGCAACUACUCAUGCUAUCCGGCAUAGGGGACGCUGCUCAUUUGGGAGACGUUGGGAUUACUCCCCGUAUUGACAUUCCUGCCGUUGGGAAAGGUCUCCAGGAUCAUCCGGGCGUUCUCUUCGGUCCAUUUAUUCUAAACACGAGUUACAUUCCGCCAGUCGUAUCUGGUCCUGAGGUAGAAGAGGAAUACGCCCAGAAUGGAACAGGUCCACUUUCAUCCCCCCUAUUUUCUGGGGCGGCUAUCACUUCCACUCAGGGGGACCCCACCUGGCCCAAUGCCCUCUUCCAACUUCUCCCCAGUUUCCGCCCCAACUGGCCAGGAUACGAUUUGGACGAGGAUCCGGCCCUCAUUCCGUACUCGGUAACUCUGGUCAUCAAUCACGCCCUCCCGAAAAGUGAGGGAGCCAUCAGGCUGAAUUCGUCCAACCCGAUCCACCCACCGGAAAUUGGUGUCAAUUACUUUGAUGUAGACGAGGAUUUAACAGAUAUGGUGGACAUGCUAAAAUUUUCGAUAACUUUGCUCGAAGAGAGUGAAAGCUUUGCUAGGUUUGGGACCAAGUUUUGGAGUGGGAAGAUGAAGCAAUGCGCCAUGUUUGAGGAUAGGUCGGACGAAUAUUUCAAGUGCUACUUGAGACACUAUGCGAGGACAGGCCAUCAUCCCUCUUGCACGGCAAGAAUGGGGAAGACCGGGGAUGUGCAAAAUUCCGUGGUGGAUUCUAACCUCAAGGUACACAGAGUACUGGGACUAAGGAUUGCGGACGCUUCAGUUUUUCCGACAAUCACGAAUGCAAAUAUCCACGCGCCAUGUUUCAUGAUUGGAGAAAUGUUAUCGGAUUUUGUUCUUAAAGAGUGGGAAGAAGGGGUGUCACCGAGCGCACGUCCCACCUUCCCAGCCACUUCUACCGUGGCGGCGGAAGGCAGCUCAAAUCAGCUCGCGGUAUUUGCAAAAGUAGCGGCGGCAUUGGUUUAUUUUCCCAUCCUGUCGCAAAGAUUAUAAACUUUUAAAUAGAAAAGUAUGUAUAAUUUAGUUAACGAAUAAUAAAGACAGCAAUGC